AUGAAUAGGCCGAAAAGCGAGGGCAUAACCUUCACGAAGGAACCUUACAUCGAGGAUACAGGACCACGCAAAAUAGCGGGUAUUUCAUUUUCCACGCUAUCUGAUACAGAAAUUAUGAAAAUUGGUGAAGUUCAAGUGUGGAAAGAUGCUUACUAUGAUCCUUUUAAAAAGCCUGUUCCUGGUGGCUUGUUGGAUUCCCGCCUGGGCCCUGCUAAUAAGAGUCUUUCCUGUGCAACAUGCCACGGGCAAUAUGCUGACUGUCAAGGGCACUACGGAUACUUACCUCUUGUCCGACCUGUUUUCAAUGUUGGAUACUUAAGUACAAUUGUGAAAAUACUGAAGUGCAUUUGUAAGCGCUGUGCUUGUGUUUUCCUGGAUGAAAAUUCCCGUAAAAAACAUUUGGUGAAAAUGAGAAACCCCAAAUUGGAUGGGCUGCAGAAGAUGCAAUUGCUCGAGUCUAUAAUAAAAAAAUAUAAAACUGUUAAAGCCAUAGCGUGCCCAAGAUGUGGAUAUAUCAAUGGUACAUUUUAUGCUUUAUUCUAA